AUGCCAAAUACAUUACAUAAAUCAUAUAUUGAAAAAUCAGUAUGGAAACCAAAUUUAUUUGAUGGAAAAGUUGUAUUUGUAACAGGGGGAGCAGGUACUAUAUGUAGAGUUCAAACUGAAGCUUUAGUUUUAUUAGGAGCUAAUGCAGUUAUAUUGGGUAGAAAUGUUGAAAAAACAGAACAAGCAGCAAAAGAAAUUUCAGAAUUAAGAUCUGGUUCAAAAGUUUUAGGGUUAGGUAAUGUUGAUGUUAGAAAAAUUGAAACUUUAGUAUCUGCAGUUGAAACUACUUUAAAAGAAUUAGGUAGAAUUGAUUAUGUUAUUGCUGGUGCUGCUGGUAAUUUUUUGGCUGAUUUUAAUCAUUUAUCUGCAAAUGCUUUUAAAACAGUUGUUGAUAUUGAUUUAUUAGGUUCAUUUAAUACUGUAAAAGCUACUUUUGAACAAUUGAAAAAAAAUAAAGGUUCAGUCAUAUUUGUAAGUGCUACAUUACAUUAUACUGGUUUACCAUUUCAAUCUCAUGUAAGUGCAGCAAAAGCAGGUGUUGAUGCAAUGAUGAAUGCAAUGGCUAUUGAAUUAGGUCCAAUAGGUAUCAGAUUAAAUUGUAUUGCUCCAGGUUUAAUUGGUAAUACAGAAGGUGGUGCAAGAUUAAAUCCUCCAACAAAAGUCCCAUUACAUGAAAGAGUUCCAAUUGGUAGAAUAGGUACUACUGAAGAUAUUGCUGAUUCAACUGUUUAUUUAUUUUCACCUGCUUCUUCUUAUGUUACUGGAACUAUAAGUGUUGUUGAUGGUGGAUUGUGGCAAGUUGGUGGAAUGUUGGGUGAAUUAUAUCCUGAUGUUGUUAAAAUUCAAAUGGAAGAUCCAGAAGCUAAAUUAUAA